AUGGGCUUGGAGGAGUUGGCCCCCGUAAACACAAAGCGUGCCAAAGCAACCGCCGUGGCGGCAUUCAUGCGCUUUUUGAAAGCUGAGGGUGUGACAGAGGAGUAUGUGCGUGCAUGUAUUGAGCGUGAUGAGAGUGGGAAGUGUUUUGUGUCCGUCAUGGACAAGUUUGAUAGCCAAGUGGAGUGGAAUGGCAAUGCGGUGGCAGUGAAUACUGGAGCCAUUGCUGCAUCGGGCGUCGGAGACAAGCAACAGGCGGAGGAUGAACUCCCGCACUUGGUGGAACCCAAAGAACUCAAAGAGAUUAAUGGCACAUCUGUGAAACCGGUCGAGUUAAUAGGGGACGCUGAGAUUGAUAAGAAAACGGAAAAUGAAGAUGUUCUACAAAUCCUGGACCCGUACACGCCAAUUCACACGCGACCGUACACAAUUCCGAGGAGUGAGGAGGAGGGAGCACGUAAGGAGAUUCAUCAACUCCUUCAGUACGAUGCCAUCGAGUAG